CGAGUAGCUGGCCACAUGGAGGAAGGCGUUCAGAGUCUUGCUGUCCAUCAAGACAGUUGACGACAGGGCAGUUUAUGGGGAUCAUGGCAGGGCAUCAUGGGCGCUAUCAUGGCAACCUGUCUUUGCCAUGUCCUCUUUGGCUUUAUCGAGGGCGCGGUUGAGGGCUUCCGAUGCAGUCAUCUGUGUGAGGUUGAUGAUAGCCAACAUUGGCAACCUCUAUCUCGGACCAGCUUCUCGGGAACCGUGGAAAUUGGGGACGGGAAGGUCACAGGUAACACAUCUCAUUUCCUCACUCUAGCUCUCAAAUUUGGCCUCUGCCAUCCUGUUUGUUAUAUGACUCUCGUUGAGGUCGAUGCACUGGCCUUAUUCCAUAGAUGAUGGCCAGCCCUGUGCUUUUGCUUCUUCUUGCAGGCAUCGUCCUAUUCUCUAUACCUCUAGUUCUUUUAGAACAUAUCAAUCUUCAAACCAAAUCAUGAAAGCAAACAUCAAUCAUAUCAAAGCGAUGAGACGCAAACGCAGCUUGCCGAGUCGGAGCCG